CUAAACUGUGGGCGGUGCCAGAAUAAUUUUAUGAUUCACUCCGCAUAUCCACUACGUCCUUCAACCAGGAUUUUGAAAUCCUCAUGUGUCCCCUACAAUGCUCAAUAUUUCAUGACAUUCAGUGGCAGACGCACGCGCAAGACUAUUUCUCCGUUUGCCUCUACCUUCAAUCUACUACGGUAACCGUCUCUCGCGCUGCUCCAGUGGCCGAGACCACAGCCGUACACCAUGGCUUCAUACAGACCUAAUUACGAACGAGAUGGUAGUCCGCGACGACGAGACGUAGAUACCGGACGGCCACGCUCGGCCAGAUAUCCGCCACCAGACCGUCAACGGGACUCCCGUCCAGAGCGUCGGCCAGAUGCACUAGCACCCGAAAGAUCGGCAGUGGUCAAGACGAAGAAAGACCGUCAAACCAACCCAUCAACACGAAUUCAUUCUCUCCGCAACCUGCUGGCCAAAGACACCAAACUGCCUAUGACGAUUCGUCAAGAAAAGGAACGCGAACUAGCGGCGCUACUACUCGAUCAACAAAAGGCCGCUCUGGCAGAGAACGGAAAAAAGAAUUUGAAACGAUACCAUUUCGUGCGAUUUGUCGAACGCCAGAAAGCGCAGCGAGCCGUAAAGAAACUUCACAAGAUGAGGGACGAUGGCAUCGCUACGGAUGAAGGUCAGAGAAAGGAGCUCGAAGAGAAGAUCCACGAAGCUGAGGUGGACUUUGCUUACACUCAAUACGCUCCGCUGGGGGAGAAAUACCUCAGUAUCUACGUGGAAGAAAACAAGGAAAAAGGCACCAGCAAGCCGCGUAUGAACCCGAAGUCAUAUUCCAUCUUGACCGAUGAACAGAAGGGUGAACUGCGCAAUUUUGCCGACGAACUUGCAAAUGUGGUACGAUCGGCAGCGGGAACAAAGCCGCCAAUGUGGUAUGAGGUAGAGAAAUACAUGGCUGAAGGACAAGCGAAGCUGGACGCCCUUAGGGAGGGAAAAAUGACUGGUAAAAAGAUAGAUAAGGACAUCGCUGCGGUUGGUGGGAAGGAAGCAGCGGCCCUGCGAGGUCUACACAACAACGGGUCCGCGACCAAAGCAUCCUGGCUUGAGGAUGACGGAAAGAUCGACCCUGCGGACUUGGACAGUGAUGACGAAGAGGGCGGCGUCCAGGUUGACGACGAAGACAUGAGCGAUGGCGGAUUCUUCGAGCGCUGAGACAGAGGAGCUACCAGCAUGAUCAUGGUCAUACUACGAUUGAUACGAAUUAAGAUACCCAACGUUCUACCACGAAAUAUACUCUCAAACCAGAGCAGGAUGGAGUCAUUUGACGAAACUAACCUUCCGACCUAAGGGCGGUCGUUAUCAUCAACCACAUUAAUGUCUAUGUUGCGAGGUGAACAGUUUCAUUAGCUUUCUACCGGCUCUCCUCCAUGCUCUACCAACCAACAAGGCCAACUUCCAAAUUUCGCAGGAGAAAAUCACCUCAAGCAAUGAACCCAAGUCGUCACAACCACCGGAUAUUCUGCCGCUCACCGAAGGACGACAUUCACUCGACCACUGCCGGAAGUGACAA